ACUCCUCAAAACUAAAUAGUUCUCCAUUUGGUAUUACUUGGCCAAAAUUGCACAUUUUGAAGAGAUAAAUAUAGGUAAAAUAAAUAAUACUAUGGCGGGGAUUUUGCAAGAGCAACCUAUAUUAAAAAAUUAAAAUUAAAAAUCGUUCAACUUUCUAUGUUUAGCAUCGCAUCGGAUUGUUACCUAGCAAGCUUAGAUGAACAAUGGAUGUUCAGGAAGGAGGAUCAGAGAGAGAGAGAAGGCGAAAACUUCGGCUUCUUCUACUCCCCCUCGCUGCUGUCGCUAGCUACUGGAGAGGAAAUUAAAUGUCCGAAUGAGAAGAUAGGGGCGUUGACCUCAGAACUUUAGAGAACAAAAGAAGAUAAUGCCAAACUUCAUGGAAAGAUCCGUAAUGUUCAAGAUAUUAAUUCUGAGAGAGUGAUUUCAAGAGGAUCAAAGAAGUAUGCAGAAGACCUAGAAAGUGGUUUCAACUCAGAUGUGAGUGUCCAAAUACAGAAGAUGUAUGAGGAGUUAAAUCCAUUUGCAGCUUUCUCGAAGAAGGAAAGGGACCAAAGAUACAAGGAACUAGGUUUGAGAGACAAGAUUAUUCUCAGUAGUGGAUGUUUUCUUUUUGUAUGCAGAAGACCUAGAAAGUGGUUUCAGCUCAGAUGUGGAGUCCAAAUACAGAAGAUGUAUGAGGAGAUACACCCAUUUGCAGCUUUCUCAAAGAAGGAAAGGGACCAAAGAUACAAGGAACUAGGUUUGAGAGACAAGAUUACUCUCAGUAGUGGACGUUUUCUCCUUGGUGACAAAUAUGCCCGUUCAUUUGCAUUCUUUUGCACGACUGGGUUGCACAUUUUAGUGUUCAUCUGCCUACAUGUAAUGUCAGCUUGGAGUAACCUCAGGAUCCAUAAGUUGUUGUUUAUUAUAUUGAGCUCAUUUUUUGCAACCAUGGAUCAGAAGAAUCUUUUGUUGGAUACAAGACUAUCAAUCUUCCUCAUGCCCAAUAAGUCUCCUUUAAUAUAUCAAAGUUUUGAUUCUUUCAACUCCUUGCAAUCACACGGAAACAGAUUGGAGCUCUGUAUAAUGUGUAUAGGUUGAAGAAGGUUACAUUAAUUGUAUAAUUCAGUUUCGUUGUACAUAAAAAUCAAUAUCCUGGGCCUGCAGGUGUCUUCCUGUUUUCCUGUUUCGUUUCUUUCCUCGUGGUACUCUUGUGCAUGUCCAGUUACAGCACGACAAAGAAUGUAAGGACCAUGCGAAUGAGGUAAAGGAUACCAGUUAGAUA